AUGAAAUUUUUUAUUGCUCUCUGCUUGCUUGCCGUGGCUGCAGCUGCCCCUCCUUACGAUAACAUACAAGUAGUCAAAUACGACAAUGACAACAUCGGAAUAGGAAACUACAGAUUUUUAUUGGAACAAUCUGAUGGUUCUAAGCAAGAACAAUAUGGUGAGCUUAAAAACGAAGGUCAAGUUGGUCAAGCCGUGCAAGUCAGAGGAUCUUAUUCAUGGAUAGCUCCCGAUGGAUACAAGUACACCGUUAACUAUGUUGCUGAUGAAAACGGGUACAGAUCGACAAUUGACAAAGAAGAACGCCAAUAUAGAUUAAGUAGUCAAUGA